AUGACGGAGGAAACUACUAUCUCGGAUCAGGACGAGGAGGAUGUGUACAACACGUGGCUGGAUGACAAGAAGCGGUUGGUUAUCGAUGUAGUGAUGAAAGGUCUUUGCAAGUGGCUGGACUCCAGGUUAGUCUCUAUUCGAGGUGUUACAGCGAACCAUGGAGAGGCUUCGGGUUCGUCAAGCAGAAAUGUAGAUUCAGGUGAUUCAACUCAACCAGGCCAUGGAAAAGAAAAGGGUCACCCGCAUUCUCCGAAGAGAAGGCGAACAGGCCCGAAUGACGAGGAUGAUGAUCAUGGUGAAGGGGGAGUUCGAAAAUCGAAGCUUGGACAAAGACCACAUGCUAAUGACGAACCGAGAUUUGCGUGUCCGUAUUUCAAGAGGGAUCCAGGCAAGUAUUGCCGGGAGGCGACUUGCGUUGGACCUGGCUGGGUUGAGAUCCAUAGAGACAAAGGCCAUCUCUACAGGAGACAUGCCCUGCCACCACAAUGUCCUCGUUGCUGGCAAGACUUUAAGACGGACCACCUGCGGGACGUACAUCUGCAGAAUGACCCUCCGUUUCAGAAGAGAGCCAACGACACCAAUUUGGAUGGUUUCACUAGAACUCAAGAGAAGCAGCUCAAAAGCAGGAAGAGAUCGGAAUUGAAGAUGACAGAUGCUGGGAAAUGGAGGGAGAUAUACCAGAUUCUCUUUCCAGAUGAUAAUCCUGCGACAAUACCUGAUCCCUACCAUGAAGAAAUGAGCGCCAUAGCAAAGCCAGGCCCGUCUGACUCCAACACACCUGUCGCUUUUGCUACCUUUGCUCGCAGAGAGUUUCCUCGAUUCGUUCGACGCGAGCUUGAGAUUCUCUUUCAAUCUGAGUUUCAAGACGUGGAAGAGAGAAUACGCCCAAAGGUCCAAGACCUUCUUCUCAAUCUCCAGCCACGGCUAAUAGCUCUCUAUGAACGAUCAGCCGGCGAUGUUAGUGAUGGGAUCUCAACACCUCGAAUAGAUAUUGAGGCGGUGGGUGCUCAGGGUCAUGAACGGCCAUCGCUCCCAGCUCCCAACCCGCCAUUAGAUCCUGGCGCCUCGGCCCCAUGGCUUCCCAGUCAUAAUUCGGAGAGUACUUCGUUCGAGUUUGACAUUGAUUGGGAUCUCUUGUCGGAAGACCUGUUCAACUAUCCAUUUCAUGACCUAGCUAGUAGCCAGGGAGUUAGUGACCAAUUACCAGCUACUGACUCAUGGCUGGCUCUUUGA